AUGCCGCCGCGUAAAAGCCUCUUUGCGCCUUUCAUCUCAGUGGACCCGGAGGGAGGAGUGGCCCCGGCGCCUUUCCACACCGACAUCCACGCUCUGCUGCAGCGGAGCCGCGCGCAGGAGCGACCGAAGACAGAGCGCACCAGAGGCGUCUGCGACCACCGAGACCCUCCGUGCGCCAUAGUGGAGCUCCGGCUGGGCCCCGCAGGCGGCGCGCUGCACUACCUCCAGCCGGACAAGUGCGCUCUGGAGCGGGCGCAGAGACGGAGGAGACUCGCAGCCAACGCCCGGGAGAGGAGGAGGAUGCUGGGGCUCAACGUCGCCUUCGACCGACUCCGGAGCGUCAUCCCAAACCUGGAGAGCGACAAGAAGCUCUCCAAAUCCGAGACUCUCCAAAUGGCGCAGAUUUACAUCGCCACCCUCAGCGAGCUGCUCCAAGAGGGCGCCUCGGUGCCGGCCCGCGCACCGCGGCCCCCGGGGGCCGCUCCGCCCUCACAGGGGCCCGCACUGCUGGCAGGGGAGCCACCGGGACCAGAUAGGGACUUUCACACCGGGAAAAGCGGCGGAGGCCCGGUGCGCACAGAGGAGGAGCAGAGGAGAUAUGAUGAGGACAUGUGGGAGAGAACGAACGGGACCAAGUGACUUUUAAACAUUGAAUGCAUUUUAAAAAUUAGACUUUUUCUACUUUCCUACAUCACUGUUUGUAUUAAUUAGACUCAUUUUGUCCUGCUGUCAGAAAAAAACAUUAAGCUCCAAGAUUCAUCAGGUC